CUUCCUGCACUGUACAUCAGGGAUUAAGCUUAAUAGGCUUCUGUCGUCUGCUGCACUCGACAUGUCUGGAGCACGAAUGUAGCCCUCAAAUUAAGGGUUUUUCUUCUUCUUCUGCGGACUAUGGACAUAAUUUGUUACCUGCUAGUUAUAGUUUUAAUAAACAUUCAGGCGUGUGAAACGUUUCCUCAGUGUUUACCCGGGUGCAGCUGUGUAGAAGACCGACAUGGAAGGUCGCUAAUAUGUAUGGAGGAGAGCGCGUUUGGGGCUAUACCACAGAACCUUCCACACGAGUUGACCAAAAUACGAAUAGAAAAGUCCCAUUUUACUGAAAUACCCAGAGGAGCUUUCUCAAAAACGCCGACCUUGGAGAACUUGUGGUUGAACUUUAAUGAUAUCACACUGAUAAACUCAAAGGGUCUGGAGGGUUUGAGGAACUUAACUGAACUCCGAUUGCAAGGAAAUAAGCUGCGGUCAGUACCAUGGACAGCGUUCGAGGACACGCCGGCCCUCAAAAUCCUGGAUCUGAAGCACAACCAGCUGGACGUCUUACCGGAGCAUGCGUUAAGAUUUUUGCCAGGUCUGACUUACUUAGACGUAUCCUUCAAUCGUCUUACGGUGAUAUCGAAGGAGGUCUUCCAAAACUGGCCUCUCUACCAAAAACUACAGAACAUGGAGGAGCGGGAGGCGACCAUAUCCGGGCCGAACGUCGUCCUGGCGCUCCACGACAACGCAUGGCUCUGCGAUUGUCGCCUGAAGGGCUUUGUGGAGUUCAUCAGGUCCCUGAGCCCCCCGAUUAUUCUAAUGAACUCCUACUUGACCUGCUCAGGGCCGGACUUUAGGGCGGGCAAGUUCUUCCAUGAGAUAGAGCUACAGGCGUGCAUGAAGCCUGAAGUCAGCACUCCGUCCACCAACAUCAGCCUGCCUCAGGGCGCCAACGUCACCUUGUUAUGUAUCGCCAAGGCAAGGCCAGACCCUUCAGUGUGGUGGGCAUAUGGCCUGAAGAUAAUCAGAGGAUUUCACGAAUCACAGGAAAGAGUGGAUGAUGACACCAUCAGAUCAAUCCUGGUGAUCCCCUCUCUCCAUGCAGCUGAUCAUGGUGUCUACACUUGCACUGCUGUCAACUUCAUUGGAAACUCAUCUGUCAGUGUUCUCCUAGAGGUGCGCUCUGCAGGAAGUUCCCAGUCAUCUCUCCUCCCAGCUGCACCGAGUGCUGGUGAUGAAAAUGUCUACAUUGACAUCCGCAUUGCCAAGCAGACAGUACGGGGCAUCUCUAUCGAAUGGUUCGCCGCCCUAGAACGACCUGCUGAAACCUGGUUCACGAUCCACUUUGGUCGUGCAGAUGCUGACAAAAAAGAAAUGAUCUACAUUGGCCCUGGGAUUAAUUCUUACUCCAUCUCUGAUCUGAUGCCUGCAACCAAAUAUGAAAUAUGUGUAACCCUCAAGAAUCAGGCACCACGUCCAGAACAAUGCAUUGUCUUUGUAACAGGAAGUGACAUCACUGAGAUGGAACAGAGGGAGAAGCUGAUUCAUAUAGUAGUGAUAGUUUUAGCCAUGGUCCUGGCGGUGCCUAUAGGCAUGUAUGCUUGCACCACUGACAUCAGGUUUGCCUGUUUGGAGGGUAUAAUGGAGAGCUGGAAGAACCGAAGGAGAGACAGAAGCUCAGCAGGAGGGAUGGAAAGGGAGAGGCAGGGUACCUUCGACAGUCUGCAGGCUGCCAGCGACGAGGGGCUGGUUAAUAAAGAUUCCAGUGAAGACAGGAAGGUGAGGAGGAGGUCAGAUGACAGACUGCAUAAGGCCAAAGCUGACCACAGCAGACUCACAGCUGAACUAUAUUGAAUAACCAUUUGUUAAAACAAUGAGGGAAAACAUGACAGUGAUAUGUUAUAAAACAAUGUUUCACUUUCUAUUUUUGGACUAUAUAAUAGAAAAAAACAGAUUGACAACACUGUGCAAAAGUCUCGAACCACCCCUUAUUUCUUCAUAUUUUGUUUCCAAGGAGCCAGACUUAUUUGUAAAUCUCUUUAAGUGGUCUUGAGCAGUAGUUCUCCAGGCUUUCUAAAGAUCUUUCUGAAGUAUUUAUUUGGACAUUGGCUGCUUUUUUUUCCCACUAAUUUUCCAAGCAGUCCCUGUUCCUGACCAUCAUCAUUAUCAUCAUCUUUCCCUCUAGGCACAUUUCACUUGGCCUUUGGGUGCUCCUGACUGAAUACAUAACCUGGAAGUUGCAUAAACUUGACACUACUAAUCAUAUUCCUUCUUGCCUGCUGUGCAUAGAUGUUCACCAGCCUUUCCACUCUGUUCUAUAUCUUUCUUGGGUUAAGUAUAUCAAAUAGCACCUGCUUCUGGGGUUCACUAUUUUCUAGUCAGCAUACAUGAACUAUAUAUUUCAGAUGUUGCAAAUAACAGAAGUCAUGAUUUGGCCAUUUUCAGAGGAAUGUUUUUUGUUUGUUAAUCCACUUAACACCAUCCUCUGAAUCAAGCAUUAAAAAAAGCACCUGUGUCUACACAUAACAGACAAUGAACCAAUUUAAAACUGUAUCUCUUGGCACUUUGUUACUAGCAGCCUGUUGCAAAAAUACACCAUUUACAGUAGUCCCAUUUCUUUAGUUGAAUCUAUGAAAAAUACCAAAGAUAACACAGUUUGACAGGAAUGUAAUAGUAUUUUUGCACCAAAAAGGUGAUUCCUAAAAAACUAUUAGCUGAAAACCUGGCACAUCUAGCAUGGUGUGCAAUGUGCCGUUAAAAGAAAAAUGAAGAAACUGGACAGUGGAGGACAAAAGAAGAGGUGACAGACCUAAAAAAAAAAAAAAAAAAAAAAAAGGCCUGACACAGGCCCUGAGAGAUGUAUCUGGCUCUUCAGUUGAUCCAUCUGCUGUUCAGCAAAGCCUCAUCAGAAAUAGUCUCAGUGGAGGGCUGGCUGUCAAGAAGCCUUUCUUAAGGAAGGGGAACAAUGAGAAACGGCUAAGUAUGCCAAAUUACACAAGAAUUGGACCUUUUUUGAAUCAUGAACACAGAAAAUUUUGAUCCGCCAUGCAAUACCACGUGAAAAGCAUCUGAUCGACAACACCGUCAUUUUUCAGCACAAACACAUUGCCAAUGUAGUAAAAGCAUACAUUGAUAGAAAAACACACAAUGGAGCAAUAUCACCUCACCUUAACAGAGAAUGGAACAAGAAGCAGCCAACAUUCACAGAAGAGCUUUGAAUGGACCCGGAGAACUAUUCCUGAAGACUAAAAGAAAUUAUAAGGAAGCUUGACUAAGAAAAUUCAGGGUGUGUUGAAGAAUAAAUAUUGACUUUCAAGCUUGUUAGAAUUGUACAAACUCUAUUUUUGUCUUAUAAACCAUAUUUCCAUUUCCAUUAUUCACCGUUUCAACACAUCUCCGUGGCUAUUUCCCAUUUUUUUUCUAUCAAAAUAUAAAGAACUGAGGGGUGGGUCAAGAAUUUUGCACAGCACUGUACUUUAUUAGGCUUACUUUACUACAAUAUUCAAGGGAAUGACAAUAUUUUCUGCCUUGCUUUUAAUCUUAUCUCUUCCUCUGUUCUAGGCCGAGGAGGUUGUUGCAAAGAUGUGAAUGAUGGCCGUUGUGUCAAGGAUUUGCACCAGGGUAGAGACUGUGCUGAAGUUGAUUUUUUCAGUCUGAAGUAUAAUAUGUCUCUCUUGCAUGUUUAGAUAUCAGUCAUCACUCAUUUUAUAUUUCUACUUUUUUGGAAACCUUUGCUAUUGAUUUAAAUCAAAGUUAUGUGUUAGUAGCUAAAAUUACAUGUGUACUGCUUCCAUCUCAUUUCCUUCACAUCAGGCUAAAGCUGAUGUUAGGCUGAAUCUUGAUUAAGAAAAAACAAAUGAUGAUUAUGUGAAAUAACUGUGCACUUUGUCAAUAGAAAAUGUCCCUGUUAAAUUUUUGUGUGAUAGUGCAUACAGUAUAUACCCCAAUCUGUUAUCACGAGUAUAUGCUAGAGUGGUUGUUUUACUGCAUUUUCUACAAAUUCUAACAAGUUUUUAUAUCAAGCAUGUGCAUAUGCUGAAUUAAUAUCAAUUACUAUAGAUUCUUUUAAAUACCCAACA